GACGCGGAGGACGAGGAUCCGUCCGCGCCGCCGUCUCCGCAUGACGGACGCGAAGUGCGCAUCAUGUUCCACGGGCGCGAGGUGUUCGCUGAGGACCUUAUCGGUCUGCGCGUGGCCAAGACGUUCGCUGGCCACGGCCGCUUCUUGGGACAAGUAGUCAAGUUCGACAAGCGUGUCUCGCUCUACACUGUGGUCUACGCGGACGGUGACGCAGAGGACCUGACGGUGGACGGCACGCUGCAGAUCCUGAUCCAGGACGAGAUCGAGCGCGCGGAUCCGUCGCAGCCCCCGCCGGCCAUCUCGCUGCUGCUGAAGAAGACGGAGGGCGGGGCGUCGCCCGCUAGUCCCGAUACUGGGGACUUUAUGAUGGCACCGCCGAGGCAAGCCAGCGCUGCGCCUCGACGCGCGCGUAUCCAGGUCAGCGAGCGUGAGGCGCAGUUUGUCAUCAGUCUGUUCGAGAACCACGCGCUGCCCAGUCUGGUGCGGCAAGGGUGGCGCGUGCAGACCAGUACCUCUGGAAGGGGCGAGACGCGCUUCGUGUCGCCUUCAGGAGAGAUCUUCCUGUCUGCGCUGGACGUUGUCGGGUACAUCGCCUCCGAGAGCGAGCUCCUCACCGCGUGCUUCCCUGCUAACGUGCACUCCGCUAUCCUGUCGCUGUUGCCCCGUGAAGCUGCACCCAGCUCGGCAGCGUUUACGGACACGGGAAGCAACCACGGCAGCACUGGAGGUGCGUCGAGGAAACGAACGACGUCAGAUUCGCCUAGCGCGGAACAGUUUGACGGCAAGAGGACGCGACAGGCGCGCGAUGACGCGUACGUAGCCGCCGGGAUCCCGAUGCGUGCGGGUAUGGGGCGUGGUGCUGAAGCGGCGCUGAACAGAACCGAGGAACUGAAUCGACGUGCGGAGGCAGCCAGCCGUAUUGCUGCUUAUCGCGGACAAGGUAUGGGUGGGCGCAUUCGGAUGUCUGGAGACCGGCUCGUCGGAGGUGAGACGACGAGUGAAGCUCGCAUCCAAGCCCCGCCUGAUCUUAGAGGAUAUCGGCGAGUUUCUAGCCGCGAUCCCACGCUGGAGAAUCCUUUCUCCUCCCGUUGGUCUGGUGUUGAACCGGCCCCCGGUCGGGCAGAAUCGGCAGAGUAUACUCGCCGGUUUGCGGACUCACCGGGCUGGCGAGAACGCGGCGACGCAUUCCUGUCAGAUCGCCAGCUUGAAGCACACCCUCGCAAUCGCAUUCGAGCAGAAGGCCGCUACAUUCAGCGAUUGAGCGCGCGGGCCGCGCCGGAAGGAACUGCGUCGGGCACGCCCACAGGCUACUACCGGGACUCGACGGGCUCCUCUCCUGGCGGCCAGGCGAGUCCGAUGCCGGGUGGUCUGGGAUAUCCUCAAUACCCAACGAUGCGAGCAAGAGCUGCAGACUACGGCCGAACAUCCGCAGCCCCUCGACCUCGCGAGACGGCAAGCUUCAUGUCGCCCACUGACACUCUGGGAGCUAGCGCAGCAUUCUCCAUGGUGGAUGUCGACCGCAUCUCUACGUCUCGACCAGGAAGUGCUCAUGGGGAGCAACCGCGGGGUCGCUCCCCACGACAGGCUGAAGCUCAGCAGGCAUACCUCCAACACCGCUGUACCAACAGUGGCCACAGCUACCGCGGCAGUGAAAGUCACUAUGCUGCGGAAGCCUCGAACGAACCUCAAGGCGAACAGCACAAAUCGAGUGCGAGUGGCACAUCCAGUGCCCCCAACCAGCAG